AUGACUCUACCUGAGAGCGAGUGCGGGCACACAGUGUCGUUGAUGCAGUGCACUCAGUCGACGACUGAGAACGACACGGUGUUCACGUUCGUGUUCUUCGUUCUCGGCUGGACAGCGUAUGGGCAUCGUUUGAUCCUCAAAUCUCCAGAUCGGAUCAGAUUCGAAGCGAAACCGAAGAGUGGCGGACUGCAGCAGCUGCAGAGGAAUGCCGCCAAAGAGAUGUUGCUGUACUACAACAAGAGCUUCUUCUGGUUGCUCUUGGAACGGCGCGGCAGUGUCUUCUACAGACUGGACUCAGUGUUUGGUGGCCUUUUUAUAGCCGCCUUGGGAGGAAUCGUGCAGUGGAUGUUUGACAGUGACUGGGAAUACGCACCGCGGAUUCAUCACCACUAUGCCUUCCAGGCUCUGGGUGCCGGAGUGACCUUCGCCAUCGUCUUCCGCACACAGCUGGCAUGGAAUAGGUAUUGGGAAGCUGUGACUCAGCUCCAUUUCAUGUACAGCAAAUUUGCGGACGCAUUUUCUCAGUUCCAGGCCUUCGCUGAAGUGACCCGGAAGAAUGUGCAGGAGAAGGAUCCCUUGAAGGCCGACAGGAUUCGCUUGAAGCAAUGGAGGUUGAAGAUCAACUAUGCAUUGCUCAGCACUGUGGCGGCUGAUAGGUUGAACACCGGCGACAACCAGCGGAUGGAAGAUGUGAGGUCCAAAGGUGUCCGGACAAGGAACACAAUGAGGAUCAACAAGGAAACUCAGACCUCCGGCCUUCCAAAGAUGAAACUGAGGAGUGAGAUUGAUCGUCAAGACUCAAAAAGUGAUGUCUAUGCCGUUUUCGAGCUACCUUCGGCGGAGCAAAUACAAUUGAUGAUGGCAUCCAAUGACAUGGUUUCUACUGUGAUGUACUGGAUCAUUUGGGAUCUGGCUGAUUGUAUGAAGGACAUCGACAUCGCUCCUCCCAUCCAGUCGAGGAUGUACCAGGAGCUUUCAAAUGGUAUGUUGGGCUUCAACAAUUGCCUGAAGAUCGCUGAUGUGCCAUUUCCGCUGCCCUUCGCUCAACUCUUGGGCCUUUUGCUGGUGGCGUUCAGUUGCUUCAUCCCUGUCUAUGUCAUCAACUUCACGGGCUCUCCAAUUGCAGGGCCCGUCCUGUGUUUCUUUCUUUUUGAAAGUUUGUGGUGCCUUAACGAAGUGGCCAAGGAGCUCGAAAAUCCGUUUGGCCAAGACAUCAACGACAUUCAUUUGCCAGACUUUCACAUGCGCUUCGUGGACUGCCUGCAGGACGUAAGCGUGGAUGAUCAAGCCGGCAUGCUGAAGAAUCCGUUCCUUGGCAUUGAUCCAGGCCUUCAAGACCCAGCACAGCAUGGCAUAGAGGUCCUUCCUGAAGCUGAAGUGGAUGGGAUGAAGAUCUGCAUUUGGUGUGAACAGGGCCUUGUCAAAGGACUGAUUGAAGUCAAGACAGGCUUUGUUUUCAUAAGGCGUGCCACGUUUCCUGUGGCCUUUGCAUUGCGAACUUCAGGAGACAAGGUGUCGCAGAUUGGCAUGAGGACGCCUCAGGCCCUUGCAUCAGUCGUCCGUUGUGGCGGAGUCGUUUCAAUCAGGUGUUACUCGGCCAGUGACGCGGUCCACAGUGUGACCAGGCACCAUGCAGAGUUGCAGCGGCGUAGGAUUCUGAAGAUGAAAGUGAUGAAAGAUAAGAUUCUGGCCAAUGUGGGUUGGAAUGGCAUCCUGCAGAGCACUUCCUUGGCGAAUGUCCAACCAUUGUCCAACCAUGUUUCCUUUGAUGCCAGGUUUCAGAAGCUCUUUGAGGAGCUGACGUACAUGCACGAGCUGCAUGAGUUUGACAUCGUCGCGUAUGUGGGUCCCUUCCUGGAGGUCAUCCAGUCCGAUGCCACUUCUGGGGAGCUGACGGCUGUGGCGCUGGAAGCCGUGGACAAAUUUGUAUCCUUCGGCUUGGUUCAUCCGGAUUCUCCCAAGUCGAUGGAGGCGAUCAAUACGGUUGCCUGGGGGGUCAUCAAUUGCCGCUUUUUGUCUAAUGGCACGGCAAGCGACGAGGUGGUUCUCUUGAAGAUGGUAGGGUUGCUCUUAGACUGCCUGAGAUGCAGUGCCGGGCAGUACUUGAGCGAUCCCUGCGUUUGGCACAUGGUUCGCAAGUGCUUUCAGAUUAGCAGACAGCCAAAUGCCUCUUAUUUACUGAGGUCCUCGGCAGAAGGGAUGCUUCAACAGAUGGUUUUGACCAUUUUUGGUACGCAGAAGGAGCGAUCGCAGCGCGUACGUGUGGAGAGCUCUGCCCCUGAGGCACAGAGAGCUGAGCGUGAGCCCGGGCCAAAGGGUCCGAGCCAAAAGUUGCAGGUCUACAAGCCGUAUGGCUUUCGUGCCAUGCAUUUUGUGCUGCGAUUUCUCGCCUUUCUGUUGGCCUAUGGUCGUGGUGCCGUGGACAAGGAACAGAAGCAUCGGACGGUGCGAGUGCGCCGCCCUCGAUCUCGAUCCCCAAGCCAAGACCGGACUAGGACAGAUGGAAGUCCGGAGGAGGGGCCACCAGACCUCGGGCUGACUGAUGCAGCAGCGGUUGGAAAGGAGGAAUUAAUGAUGGACACACAUUGUCUUGGCCUUUCCCUGUUGAACGUUGCCUUGGAGUCUGGUGGUGACGAGAUCGCUCGCUCCGAUGACCUGAUUGCAGUAAUUCAGGAUGACAUUUGCAAGUCAUUGCUGCACAAUUCAAGAACAGCCUCACUCUCUGUCCUGUCGCUCACCUUGAGGGCGAUUUUCAAUCUUUUUCUCCACUUCAAGCGGCAUUUGAAGGUGCAGCUUGAGAUUUUCUUCACGUCCGUCCACCUGAAGAUUGCAGGUUGUGGGUCCGCCAGUUAUGAGCAGCGAGAGCUGGCGUUGGAAUCCCUUGUGGAGUUCUGCCGUGAGCCUUCGCUGAUGCUGGAGCUCUACGAGAAUUAUGACUGCGAUGUUCGGUGCACGAAUCUUUUUGAGACUCUUGCGAAAUUUUUGGUGACGCGUGGCGUGCCGCCGGAGGAGGGUCAAGCACGGGGGAACUUCACUUCUCUCCACAAGUUGGCCUUUAGUGGACUUAUGUCCAUUCUGCAUUCUUUGUCCUUGCGUUGCGCUUCACACAAGCAUUUCCGGCGAGAUCAGCUGGAGACGCUGGAGCAAGGACCCUCCACGCCAAGCUCCGGGGAGACUGAGCUGCGAAGGAAGAAGGAGCAAAAGAGACGACUAACCAUCGCGGCACGUACUUUCAAUAGCGAGCCGUCAAAAAGCACUGGAGCCUUACAAAGCUUGGGGCUCUUGUCUAAUCCGCUGACACCGGAAUCCAUGGCAGAGUUCCUCCGCCAUACGCCUGGCCUCGACAUGAACAUCGUGGGUGAGUUCCUGGGCAAACGACAUGAUUUCAACGGCCAGGUUCGAAAGGCGUUCCUGGACACCUUCCCCUUUGCAGGCUUGGGCUUGGUGGAAGCUUUGCGUAUCGUCCUGGCAACCUUUCGCUUGCCUGGGGAGGCUCAGUGCAUUGAUCGACUCAUGGAGAGUUUUGCCGAGGCGUAUUUCCGAUCUCAACCAGUCGCAGAUGGUGCGGCUGCAGAGGACAGGAGAAGGGGCUGUAGUGAAGGCGGUUGGAACGAUAGCCCCUUUGCACAGCUCCACAUCCGGGAGGACAAACCACAGAACCCUUUGGCUGUCACACGUUGGGUGCCCCGUGAAAGAUCAGCGGAAGAGGCUGCUGACCGCGUCUCUGGUCAGGGUGGCGGCCCAGAAGACGGUGCUGGCGAGGAGCCGACUCGUGUGCCCAUGGCAAGCUCCGACACGAUCUUCAUUUUGGCCUUCUCAAUCAUCAUGCUGAACACGGAUUUGCACAAUCCAGGGGUGAAGAAGAAGAUGUGCCUUGAAGACUUCGUCCGCAACAACCGUGGCAUCGAUGGAGGGAAGGACCUGCCACAGUAUUUCUUGGGAGAUAUCUUUGAGGCCAUCCGAGACGAUGAGAUUCGACUUCACGGAGCCUCCAAUCAGGCUGGUGACGACCAAGUCAUUGACGAUUUCUUCUGGGAAGGCAUUUUGCUCCGCAGCGAGAGCAUCGAUGCUUUCAGCACCACUGAGAGGCUCCUGUCAGAGGCGCCACCGGGAACAACAGAGCGAGACAUGUUCCAGGUGAUCUUAGAUUGCCAGCCCAUGCCCAUGUUGACGCUCUGCUACGAGUCUAUUCCGGAUGCAGCCGUCGCGAUGCAAGCCAUGAUGGGGUUCCAGGACCUGGCACGCAUCAGUGCCUACUUUGACAACUCAGAAACUGUGAGUGGAUUAGUUCGGACCAUCUUCCAGUACUGCUCCCGAGCUGCUGCAGGUGGCACUGUCACAGUGAGAUGCCAAAUUGCCUUGGGCUCUUCCGAACAAUGUGUCACCCACUUUGCCCCAAUCUUUCGGGAGGCGGAAUGGCGCGGAGUUCUAGAGGUUCUGCUGCAGUUGUGGGCCCUGGACUUGCUGCCUCCACAUCUCUCGGAGUUUGAUGACUUCUCUGGCACCGACGGCAAGCCCUUGGAAAGCCUUUGCAAUAUCAGGCCUCUGUACCCACCACCUGAAGCUAGCCGCACCGCAGAUGCGCAAUCCGAAGAGCAACGCGGCUACAGCGCCCCACAGGCUCCCGCUGCCGAUGGAGAUGGCUUUCUGGAAAGUUUGGCCAGAUGGUUUGAAGACGAGACCAAGGAUGAAGACGAAGAAGAGGCUGAGAGCCACGAACUCAGCAAAGUCCGUGGAGUAGAGCCGAGCAGCAAAGAAUGUGGUCGUCCGCAGGAUGACUUGCUUUUCAGCUCCGCACCACCCUUUCCAGCACCAGGUGACAAGAACGGCGUGGAGGCUGCUGCUCAGUCGUUGCCUGUGGACGCUUCGGAUCCUGGGGUCAUUCACCAGCUGGUAAAGCAGUACGUUGCCCGCUCUGGCUUCGUGGAGGUCCUUGGCCAUAGCGGGAUUGCCAAGCUGCCACCGGAGAGUCUGCAAGGUUUGGCCAAGGCUUUAGUGCAGCUUUCAAGACCCAGCAGAUGGUUUGCCCAGGCGUCAUCUCCAGAGGAGCAGGCACAAGGCAGUGGCGAAUGGCAUUACGUGGCAGAUCCUGUCUUCUGUUUGGAGCUGUUGACCAAUAUCACCUGUAUGCCCAGCCCGUCCACAGGGUCCACAUCGCUGUCACACAUUUGGCCCUUGGUAUCGACACACUUUGAGCGGCUCCUGCAGUACGUCAUUGCCGGCAACGGUGUGGCAGAAGCCCAAUUCAUCGAGCGUUUGAUCGUGAACACCUUGAGGCUUUGCAUCCGAUUGAUCGGCAACAGCGAAUUGGUUCCCACGCUCCUAAUGUUGACUCAGUAUUUGUCAAAAUUGCCUGGCAAAAUCUUCUCUGCCUACUCGGAAAGGAUUGCUUGUGGCAUUUUGGUGCUGGUGCAAGAGGCUACUCUCCCCCACAGUGGUUUGUGCAACAUUUUUUCCUUGCUGCAUCGCAUCUCCGAGUUUCCAGCAGGUGUUGGUGCGUGCAGUGCUGGCAUCGAGUGUUUGAACUUUUGGCUCAGCGAUGACCAGGAACUCUCGAGACUCUUGUCCCUGCAGCAGCUGCCAGAGCUUCUAAAAACACUCAAGGCCUUUGCUCAGGGCAGCUCCGCCCCUGCGGCGCUGGGACAUCUCUCGAGCUUGGUUCCACAGUUGGCUCGUGGUGCCCGCUGUUUGGCGCCAGAGGCCAACUUGCAGUGGCGAUCCCUAUGGGUGCCAACACUGCAAGCACUUGCAGACAUUGCCAAGGAUGGCUCUCAGCGCUCUUCUGCGCAGGCCUUUGUUUAUCUUCAGCGACUCCUGCUGGAAUGCGGAACUGAUUUAGCAUUGCCAUGGGAAGAGUUGGAGUUUGAUGCGUGGAAGGAAUGCCUGGAGCAGGUCCUGUUCCCACUGCUUCAAGCUCCUUCGAAAGGCGGCAACAUUGCAGAGGAUGUGGCUGCCCUGCGGCAGGCCAAUGCUGCGCAACUCGUGUGUCGGGUUUUGCUAACACAUAUGUCACAGUGGCUACGAUCCUCGCCAGACGGAUUUCCAGUACUCUUCUUGCGGCUUCUUCACAUUUUGGUCAGCGAGGCCACUGUGGAGACUUCGCGGGAGCCACUUGUGGAGUCGUUAAAGAAUCUUCUGUUGGUGAUCUCUGCAGACCCAGCCUUCGGGGAACUGUCAUCACCUAGAGGCGAAGGAGAAACUCUCUUGGAGGCUGCGUGGGGUGUGGUCUCCCCAUCACUUCCAGAUUUGCGACGGGAGGUAGCUGUGAUCUUGGAUCCAAGUGCAGUGGAACCAAGUGAGAGUCUUGGGCUUGAACGGCUGAUGGAAAAUGAUGGAAAGAUAUCACGAAACUUCCGAUGA